ACCGGUGCAGGAACAUGUACAAAGGGCGCCCUCACACUCCCAUGGGUAGAGAAGACUGAAACUAAAAUUGUCAAAUUGGAGUCAGUAAUGUGUCCCGAUGGUCAGUCUGAAUGUCCAGAUGGCAAUACUUGCUGUAAACUGAGUAGUGGACAAUAUGGAUGCUGCCCAAUGCCAAAUGCUGUGUGUUGCAGUGAUGGACUCCAUUGUUGUCCAAGUGGCUACACCUGCAACACCGGUGCAGGAACAUGUACAAAGGGCGCCCUCACACUCCCAUGGGUAGAGAAGACUGAAGCUAAAAUUGUCAAAUUGGAGUCUGUAAUGUGUCCCGAUGGUCAGUCUGAAUGUCCAGAUGGCAAUACUUGCUGUAAACUGAGUAGUGGACAAUAUGGAUGCUGCCCAAUGCCAAAUGUAAGUUGUCACUUUCAAAGUAGAUUACAUAACUACUGCCUUCCUUGCAUUUUCAAAAGAACUUUUUCCACCCCUGAUCUAGUACCAUUUAAAGCCGCAAUCGCACUGGAUUUAAAAUAGGGAAAUUUUUACCGA